ACUCGCGCGAGCAACAGAGCUUCGCGCAAUCCUACAAGCCCGACGUCUACAUCUCUCCAGACCCGGCGCAAACCUAUACGAUACGAAAAUACGCUCCUUGCCGUACCGUGUCACAUUUACAUGCGCCAUUCUUAGCUAUCAUGGCGGCUGUUGCACCUCCUGCGACACCGCAGCGCCCGAUGCCUGGCAACUUUGCGCAAACUCCAGCUCCAUCGAGGCCAGCAACGCAGAGCACGCGAAAUCAGCUGAUAUCACAACCGGUUUCCACAACGCAAAUCUCCCAGCAGCUCACUACUUCAUCAAAUUCACAGUUGACACCGAUUGAAAGAGCAUCGAAGACGGUGAACGACUAUCUAGACCGAGACAGAAGAUAUCCUGAGUUGGAAAGGUAUAUUGCACAGGGUAUUUCGCAUGAUUAUGAGGACUCCAACAACCCAGCUUGGAACCCUUAUCAAAAGAUCAAGAACUAUGAGAUCCCCGAUCGGAUACUCGACCAGUACAAUUUGGCGCAAACGGCGUUGAUGAUGGGUUUGUUUGCGGAGCUGAAUCAUGCAUGGAUAGCCAUUGACAACGCGCUUUAUCUCUGGGACUUUACACAUCCAAAUCCUGAUCUGGUUGGGUUCGAGGAUCAACCGCAUGCCAUAAACGCCGUCAAACUCCUCAAGCCUCGUCCUGGUGUUUUUGUCAAAACCAUUGAGUACGUUCUAGUAGUGGCGACGAGUGCAGAUAUCAUCCUGAUAGGUGUCUCAUUCGAACGCGGUCCAAUGGGUGUACAGGGGAUCACGCUGUAUCAGACAAACAUGAAAGUGCCAGUCAAAGCAGGGCAGAACAAUAUCAUUGCAGGCUCAGACAGGACGGGACGAAUAUUCUUUGCCGGUGCAGAAUCGGAUGACGUCCAUGAACUCACGUAUCAGCAGGAGGAGAAAUGGUUCAGCAAUCGGUGUGGGAAGAUUAACCACGUUACGAAACCAUUUUCCACAGUACUCCCGUCAAUCAACUUGAGCUUUGGAAAACCUUCGUCUCGCGAACAUGUUCGGGAGAUGAUGGUUGACGAUUCGCGGAACCUUCUCUAUACCCUUUCGUCUACCUCAACUAUUCGCAUUUUUCAACUGAAGGAGAAUGGUAUUCUCGACCUCUCCUUGACGCUAUCCAUCUCGAAAUUGAAGACAAGCAUAAGCCAUAUACAAAACACAACGGAACUGCUCCAGCCUGGGACUGAAGUCGCAUCCAUUUGUCCUAUUCCUUCGACGGAAUCUCCGCGACUCAGCCUCAUCGCAACAAUGUCCACUGGCCACAGAGUCUUUCUCAGUGCGACAUCAGGCGGUAUCUGGGGCUCUUCAAAUCAAAGCUCUGCUCCGACCAGUAUGCAACCACACCAUAUCAAAGCUCCUCCUCCCACUGUCCCUUCUGCUCGGCUUACCUAUCGUUUUGGUUCUGGCUAUUUUCUCUGCUUCUUCAGGCGACCAAACAUGCCAGAUAUUGACGUCCUUCUUGCGUCAGCUCCAGACACAGGUCGCUUAGCAGCGUUAACAGAUCAGAUGCAAGCGUCCAAGUUUAUCGAAAACGCACAGACUGUUGAGCUAGGGAGUUUCGUGUCAGACGUUGGGAUGCUCGUGCCAGCGGCGACUGCAACCUCAACGCCACAAGGCUACGGUAACGAACUAGCGAUCCAAUUUGAUAAACCGGUCUGUGAACUCGCGAUUCUUACAAACACCGGCGUGCAAAUAAUACGUAGGAGGCGUCUGGUCGAUGUCUUUGCCGCCAUCAUCAGAUACGGUGGCACACCAGAGGAAGGAGUGAGUGGCGAGCUGAAGAAGUUUGCGAGACUUUAUGGCCGUGAUGAAACCAGUGCGACUGCACUGGCCGUGGCCUGUGGUCAAGGAACAGAGGUCACAUCUGAUUUGAGAGUCGCAAAAGUCUCCGAUACUGAAGUGCUCGAGCAAGCACGAAAAGCCUUCAUUGAUCUCGGCGGAAAAGCCGUCAUCAACGAGACUAGUAUCGACCAGGCUGCCCCUACGAUUGACAACGUUCGACCAUCAUCUCGUCAUGGUGGCCUAGCAAUCUACAUUGCUCGGGUCGUAAGAUCGAUCUGGAAAUCUACUAUCAUCCAGGAGAUAAUUACAACUCGUGGCAUUCAAGUUGAGCCUGCAGUUCCAUUGACCAAGACUCAGGAUGUACAACGAGAUUUGAUAGCGCUUAAAGAGUUUCUAGACUCCAACAAGUCAUUCAUUGAUGGCUUAGCCGGACCUGAAGCGCUCAGUCGAAUUAAUUCGAAAUCCGAAGAGCUCGCACUGCAAGGAGAACACAGAGCACUGAAUUCUCUGGUGGUGCUCAUUGCAAACAUCAUCGAGGGCAUGGCCUUCGUGCAAAUGUUGUUUGACGAGAAAGUUGACGAGAUUCUCAUUAAGUUGUCAGAUGCAUCCCGCCAAAAAGUUCGUGAAUUGACGUUCGAAACGUUGUUCUGCAAAAGCGAAGGACGCGAGCUUGCGAAGGAGCUUGUGAAGGCCAUCGUGAAUCGCAAUAUCGAGAAAGGAUCGAACGUUGACACUGUCGCAGAGGCACUUCGGAGAAGAUGUGGCAGCUUCUGCAGCGCAGACGAUGUUGUGAUUUUCAAGGCGCAAGAACAGCUGAAGAAGGCAUCUGAGGCUGGCCCAACCACGGAUAAGGCACGAGCAUUGCUCAACGACAGCCUCAAACUCUUUGGUAAAGUCUCAGCUAGCUUGUCAAUGGAGCAUCUAAUAUGGGCUGUUCGCCAGUAUACAGAGCUAGGCUUCUAUGCCGGAGCUAUCCAUCUUUCUCUUGAAGUCGCCUCAACUAGAGAUCCGGGGAAAAAAGCAUUGAGUUGGUUACGGGAUGGGCAGCCAUCACAAGACCCAAGAAAAGCACAGUAUGAUACACGAACAAGGUGUUACGAACUCAUCAAGUCUGUGAUUAUCGCAGUUGAUACUGCGGUGGUAGCCAAUCCAAUUGCCGUUGAUGGUCAGAUCUCUGCCAUGGGUAGACGCUACAAUGAGGCACACGACGAGAUCAGCAGAUCUGAUGAUGAAGUGUUUCAAAAUUAUUUGUUCGAUUGGUAUCUUGAAACUGGGAAGAUACAGAAUCUGCUUGAUGACACAUCACCUUUUGUAGCGACGUAUCUUAAGCGUAAAAGUCAAGGGAGUGCGCAUCACGCUGAUCUGCUAUGGAGAUAUUUCGCUCGUCACCAUGAAUUCUUCAAGGCUGCAGAAGUUCAAGUCAUGCUCGCAAAGAGUGACUUCACUUUGAAUCUCCAACAGAGGGUCGAGUAUCUCAGUAAAGCCAAGGCCAAUGCUUCGACUCGCCUACCUGGGAUUGCAGAAAUGCGCACCUCGCGCAACUCCCGCCAGGAGCUCUUGCGAGAAGCUUCUGAGCUGCUAGAUCUGGCUGAUAUCCAGGCAGAGCUCGUUGAAAGACUACAAGCAGACAUUCGAUACACCCCAGAGAAUAAAGAGAGCACACUCAAAGAUCUCGAUGGCCAGGUCAAAAGUAUCAACGAACUCUUCAACGGAAUCGCGGAUCCGGCAGGUUAUUGGGAUAUAUGCUUGCUCAUUUACGCAUCAGCCGACUAUAGGGUCGCGCAAGACAUCGAACAAACCUGGCACCGUUACGUCGCUCAAUUGGAUAGAGACGUCGAGGAACAGAAGAAAUGGGAGCUAUUUCCUUCAGCAAUCCGAGCAAUCGGCCGCAAGUUACGUACUUCGGAAGCCGUAUUUUCAGUCCCAUUUCUUUUGCCCCUAUUUAUGAAGUAUCAUGUGGAUAAGGCCAUCCCCGCCCCACCUACAUGGAUGUUCCAACUUUUCCUCUACCUUGAAAUUUCGGCAGAGCGCGUUGUUACAGUAUUGGAGUGGCUCUUCUCGGGUGACGAACCAGGUUGGAGCGCGCCCGAAUUUCGCAGACUGGCCGGCCUUGGACUUCUCCAUGUCAUCGACUACUGGUAUCAAGAGACAUCAAUUGGAGAUGUAGAACUCUUUGGUGAUGACGAACGGGCAGCAAGUGUAGCAGACAUCCUGAGGGCCGUUGUGAGCUCAGGAGUUUUCAGCCGAAAUAAUGAUGCCGAUGCUCAAGUUCUGGAUCGUCUGGUUGCCUUACGAGAGCAGGUGGAGUCGUGGUUGAGAUAAGAAACAUAUGUAAUUGUACUUAGCGAGCAUGGGCGGCGUCAUGGCUUAUAAGAGGUCUUUGAAAGUAUGCAUAUUGGCAUGAGCGAGCGAGCAAGCAAAAGCGAGUCGUAUAAUGGCACCUCUGUUGGGUAGGAAAUAUUCCUGUAAUAGAACACAGGCUGUGUGUCGUAAGCGAUUGCAUAUGUUCAUCAAACUUUAACAACAAAGGCACUGUUAGGAUUGAUUUAGCCCUCAAUACGAAGAGCGUUGAACAUGUCCGUAAGACUACGGAAUGAAG